GCUGCCUGACGGGGCUGAUCAGACGGGCAGUCUGUCUGUGGUGGCUUCCGGUUAGCCGAUGUGUCCUGGAGCUGAGUGAGGAUGAAGCUGAUCUGGGAGCAGAGUGAUGAGGAUCCAGACUUUCAGCUCCAUAUGGCUGUGUAUGAUGAGAACAUCCUGAAGAAUCCUUUUUACUUGGCCUUGGAGAAGCAGAGACCCGACCUUUGCAGCCGCGUUUCAGACUUCCACGGCAUUGUUCUGGUUCCAUGUUGUGGAAGUUUGAGCGUGAGCAGCUACUCAGACUCUCACUUCGACAGCUACAUCCUGCAGCCUGUGGAGGAAGGAUACAAGACUGUGAAUGGAAAGGAUGUCAAAAUCCAGGACAGGCAGGUGGUGCUGGGCCUUGGCUCCCCAGCUCCGACUGUGGUGCCCAUUCUGUUUGAGGAAACCUUCUACAAUGAUCAGGAGCAGAGCUACAGCAUCCUGUGCAUCUCCAGACCUCUGGAGGUGGAGCUAAGCCCGGCUGAGGUCAGUCCACCGCGGGCAUGCUGUCUGAGGAGCCUGGAGGAUGUCAGGGAGUUCCUGGGUCAUCACUCCCACAAACUGGACAGGUUCAUCUACAGCUUCUGUCAGGCCUUCAGAGAGCAGGAGAGGAAGGGCCUCAGAUACCACAUUGACUCUGUAAACGGACUUUACACUAAAUCUCUUCAGUGCCUGCUGAGAGACUCUCGUCUGAAACUCCUAGCAAAACAGGAGCUUCAGAUGACUCUUCUCAAACAAGCUGUUGGGAUAUAUAUCCAUCAUGGUAUCCAUGAUUUAAUCUUUAACCUUGUGGGGACUCUUGAAUCUUGUCAGGAUGCUUCUUUUAACAAAAUCACCAGGAGCCUUCAGGACCUGCAGCAGAAGGACCUGGGAGUGAAACCAGAGUUCAGUAUGAACUUGUCUCAGGCAAAGAGAGAACUGAGUAAGCUCAACCAACAGACCUCCCCCCUCCUCAAAGUGUUGUGUCUGCGCAGAGUCGUCCUCAUUGCCACCCAGACACCCAGACGCACAGUGAGUAUCGAAGCCRUGAGUGCAGAUGAUCUCCUCUCUGUUGUCCUUUACCUUUUGGUCAAGACUGAAAUACCGAACUGGAUGGCCAACCUUAGCUAUAUGAGGAACUUCUGCUUCAGUAACUCCAGCAAAGAUGAGCUCAGCUACUGCCUGAGCACGUUCGAGGCUGCAGUGGAGUUCAUCAACCUGGGGAAGCUGCAGAACACGUGCUCUGUCACAGGUGAACUUAGAGACAAAGCUCUAUUCAAGGAAAGGAUGAGUCUGCUGACUCAGAACGUGGCUGCUCCCGUCCUCCGCCUGUUUGAGGUAAGCUGGAGCAGUCUGGCUUCUGCUUCCCUAUACCCACCUGUCCUUUCUGCAGGGCAGAGGCCCUGCCAGGAAUCAAAACCUGCUGAGCGUUUUGAGAGCCACGGUUCUUUCUGUGCCUGGCGUCAGUGUGUGAAGGCCUUGGUGUACUACGAUGUCCAAACAUGCCGCCUGGACCUCCAGAACGAUAAAGGUGACACUGUGCUGCAUAUAGCAGCUCGAUGGGGAUAUGAGGGAAUCAUCCAGGUGUUGCUGGAGAACGGAGCGAGCACACACAUCCUCAACAAAAAUAGAGAGACCCCACUACAGUGUGCACUCAACUCUAAGAUCAUCAUGCUGUUGAAGUUGACACAGAACAACCACAGCAGAAAUGAUUCUGCAGGUUGUUCCCCUCUGGCGUCAGACUGCAGCAGUCGCCGCUCCUCUGUCUCCAGCACAUCUUCUAUGAGCUCUGAAGCCAAACCUGAGGCUGAGCGUGUUCGACACCGAGAGGUGGAGAAGUUGCUGCGAGCCGUUGCUGAUGGCGAUGUGGAGAUGAUGCGCUACCUGUUGGAGUGGACGGAUGAAGAGGAGGAUGAAGGAGAGCUGCAGUCUGAGUCACACCUCUGUCAUCCACUCUGUCAGUGUCCAAACUGUGCCCCUGCUCAGAAGCUGCCUCUGCAGCUGACUGGAGCGCUARGUGUCAACAGCUGCAAUGCAGACGGCUUCACGCCUCUCCAUGUGGCCGCCCUGCAUGGCCACUCAUCCCUGGUGGCGCUGCUGAUCCGCCACGGGGCGAACGUCAAUGUCCGCACCAUCCAGAGCGCCACCCCGCUUCACCUGGCCAGCCAAAACAACCAUGUUCAGGUUGUGAGGUUUCUGCUGGAGUGCAAUGCCAAGCUGAACAAGAAGGAUCACUAUGGAAACACCCCUCUGAUCCAUGCGUGUCUCUGUGGGAACCUGGAAACGGUCAGCAUUCUGCUGCAGAGUAAUGCUUUGGUGAACGUAGCAAAUGUGCAGGGCAACACGGCUCUGCAUGAGGCCGUGCGGGGGGGGCACCAGGCUGUGGUGGAGCUGCUGCUGAAGUCUGGGGCCUCGCCCAGCCUCAGAAACAAGAGGCAGAGGACGCCGCUAGACUGUGCUUAUGAGUUUGGUGGCAAGAACACUGAAACUUUAAGAGCUCUGCAGAAAGCGUCAGGACUUUCACCAGAGGCUGAACCAAUCAAACUCCUCUCUGUGCCCAAAGGGGCUCUGGCUCAUUCAUUGGUGCAGCGCCUGAAGCUGCAGGAUAGCCGGAGACACAAACUGGCUCAGUCUGUCAGCAGAAUGCAGCACAUGAGAAAAGGUUCAUCUGGUUCACCCCCCAGGAGUCCAUCAUUUCUUAACCAGCAGGUGAACCCAGAGCGGAGGAGGCUGAGGCGYGGGGAGACCAGCYACUUAGGAAGCCUUGACUUCUCACCUUGUCUAAAGGAGCRGCCCCUGGUUCGUUGCCACACCCUGGACGGUGGGGCACUACCCCCAGAGCCAGCGCAGCCCCCAGCCCACUCUGAAACUGACUGACCACUUAUUAUAAGUCAGUGCUGUGACAGCAGCUGGUGGGGCAGUGCGACGGCACAAUCAUUACCCCGUGCUCACGGUGCACACAGCCUAGCUCACAUGAAAUAACCCUGGCCGGUCUCUGCAGGGUGACGCAAAUCUGCAUCACUGCAGGAGGAAAAGGGGAUUUCUCACACAACUCUACCAGUUUAAAGCACAAUGUGUUGGGUCACAGCAUUGUGAUCUGGUUUUAUUUGCCCCAGCUUUUAGAUUUAGGUCAGUUUCUUUGACUGAUUGUUUCGUGGAUGCACUUUUUACACAUAUGCAAUAUUUUACUAGAUUUCAGMGGUGGAUAUACACUGUUACGCUGGUUCUGCCCAGAAAACUCCACCUUAUUCCUUCUGUUUCCAUUCUGAUUCAGUCUGAAUUUACUUCAACAUAGAAAAGGUUCCCAAUUUGAAAAAAGGAACAUUUCAUGUCAAAUGGUGGAAUCCAUCCUACAACCCUCUCCCACUCAACUUUCUGCAGCUUGAUGUAAYGUUGUGUGUGGAAGUCUGUUGGAAAAACAAUAUCUCCAGUUUGUUUCCAGGAUUUCUUUUACUAACUUACCUUUUAUAUCAUGAAACAUGAAAUAAUCCAGGAUGAAAUACUGAUAGAUCAUUCUUACAACAUGUUACUAAAUUAAAUCCAGCUGUCAAUUAGUCUCAGCUAUCCCCCUUCCUGUACUUUUCUCUGCUGAGUUUUUCAUAGAUUAUGGAUUUCAAUUUUUUAGGAAAAUGCUCAARGUUUUGCAUAUAAUUUAUUCAAUUGUAUAUUAACAUCUGGGUGUUCCUGCUCAUAUCCCAGUUUUAGCCUCUUGACGCUUCUAAAAUAUAACAGAUAUUUCACUCCUGGUUAAUAUAAAAUAAUAMAAUUUUCUAGAACUAGCCUGAGUCAGAUGUGGGAAAUUAACUUAAAUUUUCAGUUAUAAAGGCAAGUAUAAAACAUUCCCCCAAUGGCACAAAUUGACGAAACAUCCAGCAGUAGGUGGAGCCAUGUUGCACCAGGAAGCCUGUAUGAAAGUACCAGAACUAAAAAAGUAAAGGGAUGAGAGAAGAGAUUAAACUUUCUUCAAAUAUCCUGAUUAUCAUAUCGUAGUUGGAGAACUAAAACUGUUGCAUUGUUUGUUUGAAUCAAGCUGCUACAUCUGAACCCUGUGACCACGUCUGACCCGUAGAACCUCUAAUGGGAAAAAGGGAUUCAGCCCGUUUCUUCAUGUUGGCUUCACACUGAAUAGAGUUCAGUUUAAAACCGAACAUCAAAUUUUAUUUCAAAACGGCGCUUAGUGUUUUGUCCUCAAGACCAGAUGUAACUAUGGCUACAAGAUGUCAACUAUUAUUGUUCAUAAGCAUUAGUCKGUUUCAUUCUGUUCCCUGCUCAGAUGUACUGAUGAGUCUUCAUUGCAGUUUGCAACUUCUCCAUUGACUUUCUGUGCUGACUCGGCUCGCUGUGAGGAUAUUAGUCACAGUGGUCAGAGGCAGAGUUUUCAGUCAGCUGAUGACAAAAAAUUAUGUUGCUGCUCCUGCUCAGCAGCAACACAUUCACACGGGAAAAGGAGGUACAUCCUCUCUUUUCAUUUAGAAAUGUUGAAGUUUAAAUUCCAAAACUGUUCAAAAACCAUCCACACUAAACCACUACUGAUUAAUCAAUUUUCAGCCAACUUAUUAAAAGUUCACUUCAGAAACUAGAUAUGAUCAAAAUACAUACGCCCCAGGAGUUUAAAGUGAGUUUACUUCAUUUUCACUAGAACUCAAUUAUGAAGUGUUUCAAAAACGUGCCAUCCUUGCAUAACUUCUGAUGUGUGUUUCAGAGACCCGAGGCACCCCAAAACACGACAUAGUAAAAUACAUAAAGGGGUUCUCAUGAUAAAUCAGAAAACAUGUCAAUAUCUGCUGCUGGAAACUCUGGCUUUAAUCUGGAGGUGGAGCUGAUGUCUGAUAGGAUGCUGCUGCAGGCAGCUCUGUAGUGGAGGGAUCUGUUUGCAUGUUUAUCCUCAGCUGUGUUCCACCAUGAUGACAGCCUCAGUACUGUAUGUGUUCUCUCCUGUUUUACUGCCUGAUGCUGAGCUCUGCACUCAGUCUCGCACAGGAUGUCCAUCAUAUUUGUUCCUGUGAGUUUUUCUCCAAACCUUUAGGAAAUCCUAUAGAGCCAGGCCUUUUUUCUGGUCUAGGCUCUGACAGCCUGCUGCUAGUGUUUUAAUUAUUCUAAUGCACCAUUUUCAUUUCAGGAUUGAAAGUUAAAACUGUUGAAUGUGCCUUAUAAAAACCCAAAAUAUUCAAUAAAAGACUUUUUUUUUUUU